CGGCAGUUGUCUCGAAGACGGGAUCCUUUCCAGAUGUUCUGCGCGUUGUGUUACAAUACCCCGAUAAUAUUCUCGUACAAAACAUAUUUCGUGCGUUGAUUUUUUUUUUUUUUUUAAUAAAUAAUAAUUCGCCCAUUAUCGAAGUGUAGGUCCGACCGUGUAACAACGUAGUCUACUGUAUACCUACAUCGUUCUGUGGCCGUCGGCAAACGUGCGUUUUCAUCAUAUUAAUUUUUUUCCCCCAUUAAAAUAUAUGAUCAUAAUCGGUUUAUUUUAUCCGUUAUAUUAUAUUACAUUAUCGGGUUGUUUUCAUUGAUUUCGUCCGUUUCACGCACAGAAGAUGAAACCGACGCAGUUGGAUUUGCGGUACAACGAGAUGUGGAAGGACUGGGACGGUACCGGCGAAUGCCGCCGGGACUCGCGGGUCGACGGGCCCCGCGAGGACGGCCAGCUGGUCCUGUCCUGGAAGAGGCUGAACGUAUCCGCGGAAAAGAUCAAACACAAGUUUUUCGGCUCGUCCACGGUCGAGCGAAAGCAAAUAUUGUGCAACGGUGAGUGCAGCGGGCCUGUCGAAAUAUCUGUACGUCAGGGCUUUACACGAAAUACACGUGUCCUGGCAAAUCUUGGAAAAAUUACGCCGCUUCGAUUAUCGGCACACAAGACGGUGGCUGUCGGACGGGGGACGGGGGCUAGACGGGGGUGCACGUCCCAUUCACCACAUCCCACUUUUUCCGUUCGGAACGCCACGCAUGUAGUGUUACACAAAAUAAUGUCCCCGUGUGGGUAAUAUUGUUCUUACUGUAAAAAUUGUCUGUCUGGGGGCGUCGUUGUGCUAUUAAUAAAUGAAGAAAAUUCCGUUUAUAUAAUAAAGCCGGGGACGUACCUACUUCGCACUGUUGUCGGCGAAACCUUUUGCAGGUAGGUAUCGGUUAUUACUGAUCUAUGAACCGAAAACUAUAAUAAAUCAUUGCAAUCAAAAACCGGUUCUGAGCGGAGUAACAUCAGUGUUAUUAGACGUGUAUUACCCGCUUGUAUUUAUAUAGCCAAGAUAAUCGAUGAAUUAACAUAUUAUUAUACUAUGGAGUCAGAUUUUUCGCGAUGUACCGGUCUUUGAAUUUCAUAUUUUGCCGGUGUAAAAGCGAAUACGCCUACGGUGAAGGCCAUCAGUGUUUGCGUGUAAUUUAAACAUGUAGUAUAAAACUACAUUCUAAAAUUUUAAAAAAAUAAACAUACAAACCUAUUAUACUCGGUUUCGAAUAAAAAAUAGUUUUCUUCUUUAUCUGAUGUUGCAGUGAAAAGUACACACUUUACAUAAUGAUUAAAUCAAAACAUAAAAAAAGAAAAAAUCGAUCAGUGCCACAUAUUUUUGAAAAUGUUGAGAUUAUCAGUUUGAUUUUCGAUGUUUGAUUUGCGUUAUCAUUCCUUAAUUGGUAUUUAUUUUGUUCACGUCGUCGUAUUUGUGUUCCUUACUCGGCAAUAUGAGAACGCUAAAUGAGCAGUUAAGACCAUGUCAUAGCAACAAUAUUUCCGUCUUGGUCUGUCAAAAAUGGGUUUUUGUACUUUUAAGUUUCAACAAUAAAACACAUAUUAUUUUACCAAAUCAAAAACGACUAUAUGCUUUCUUCACGAGGGGAUUUUUGAUGAUAUAUAAUAUUCAUUACACAAUUUUCUGUUAAGGUACAAAUUUAGAAAAUUUUAUUUUUUAUUUAAGUUUGACAUACGAAAAAAUCUAUCGUUUAUUUUUUAAAAGAUUUUUUCCCGUUGAAGUAACUAGUUAAUUUGUUCAUACUAAAUUUCAUUGUUUUUUUUUUUUUUUAAACCGGACACCUAACCAAACCGUCCAAAUUAUGAAAAACGAGCUUAAUUCUGUUUUUUUUUUUAACAUAAUAAAAAUAUAUUACUUAUUGGAAAAAUCAAUAAUUUAUUAUUCUACGGAAGUAGGAAAAUGAAUUAUUUUCAAGUUUGUAAUCAUUUUUUAAUACUAUAUUAUUGUUAUGGCAGAAAAAAAAAUGUAUAAUACCAUCGAUGUUAACACCGUUUUAACAUCAUUUUUCAAACCAGGACCAAUGUAACAAAAUACAUUAAAGGUAUAUUAUCAAAAUGCACUUAAAACCACGAAGAAACUUUUUUGUUAAAUUUUAAAUUAAAUUUUUUUGACAAUUUGGUAAAACACAAUAUUUUUUUUUGAGAAUGGAAAAUAAUCGUGGUUUCAGUAUAUUUUUUUUUGUUCUUAAAAUCAAAAAUUGUGGUGUCGUUCAUGACAAUUGUUUUCUAUAGGUAAUCUAUUCUAACUGGCUUGAGUCCUUGAAUUUGAAUACAGAUAACAAAACACAUAAAAAAGGAAAUAUUUUCGAGGAUGGUAUGUUGAUUUUUUUCAAAAACAUUUUGAAAAUAAAAACAAAAAGCUAUAGCUCGGCUGUAACAUUUUUAUUUGGCAUAAGCUUAGUAAAAAAGUUAAAAAAAUGUUUGUCCUUAAAUUUUGUGACCCGUGAAUCAAUCUAAACGCCACAAUUUAUGUUGUGGAAUUGGUUUUCAAAAUUGUUAUCCAGUUUUGUAAAAUUAAAAAAAAAUUGUUCAAAUUUAACCACCACCUUAAUGAUAUGAUGUUUUCACUAAUCUACUGCUCGACACCCGUUUCAAUUACUUUCAAAAUACGUCAAACCCGUUCCCCAUGGUUUAAUUUGAAAAUUAUUUUUUCCGUGGAAUAUAUGAUUAUUAUCAAGACCAUAUACUAAUAGUAAAGCAACCACUUUUUAAUUUACAAAUUUGUAUGCGAGAAACUUGAUUUUUGUCGAUAAAACUGAAAUAUCUUAAAAUAAUAAAAAAAAUAUAAAAAAUAUACAAAUACUGAUAUACGAAUAAAAUGUGUAAAUAUAGAAUUUUUAAUAUAUCUAUUUAAAUAUUAUAGUACCUAUCGAAAAUGUGUGAAGGUCAUUGACUAAACACCAAUCAAGUUUUUUUCAGUUAUUUUUAGCGUUACAUCAUUAAACUCGUGUAACAUAAGUUGAUCUAUAACAUGUUUUAGUAUAAUUUAUAACUUUAAAAAAUAUUCAGAGUAAUCAAUAUAACGUAAGAUUUUAUCAUUAUCUCAGAAAGUGUAAACUUUUUUCGAAAUUAUUUUUUUUUAGAUCAUUCAAGAAAUAAAUAGCUCUAAAAUGUUACAUUACUUUUUUUUAUUACCCUUAUUUUAAAGGGUUAAACCAUUUUUGUUUUAUGGCAACCUGUAUUAAAAAUACCACGAAUUUAUGGAAUAUCAUUCUCAAUUAAUUUGUUUGUUGUAAUUUUUAUUUUCCAACACCUCUUGACGAGAUAUUCCAUUCUUAAGAUUUGGCGGGGGAGAGUAUAGUGGGGCAUCGUUUAUGUGGUGAUGGCACGGCACGUGUUUUUUUAAUUUUGUUCAACGGAUUGACGUCAACACCAAAAUAUAUUUGAACUAAUACUCCAUCUAUUUAUGGAAUUUUUAGUAUAGGUUAUCAUUUGAAAAUUAAAAUUAUGUAGACGUGUCACCACUCAAAAUAAAGGUGACGAAAUAACAACCGAAAUGUAAUAUUUUAGAAAAACAUAUUUUCUUAAAUGUUCUAAAAAAUAAAUUUCGAAAAAAGUUAACACUUCCUGAAAUUAUGAGUGUCUGACAUUAUAUUCAUCAUCUUGUAUAUAUCUAAUAAUAUUAUGAUUAAAAAAAAAAAAAAAAACCACUCCAUAGUAUUCAAUUUCCGUUUUAUACGGUACACAUCUUCAAUGCCGAUAGGUAGAAUUUUCAACCGAAAAUUGUCAAAAAUGUUUUCUAAAAAUGUUUGAUUGAUCUAGAAUUACUAUUAAUAAUAAUAAUUAUUCAUUAGUUUCAUCAAUUAGAUUACAAGAAUAAAAAACAAUAAAUUACCUAUUCUUUAUAUGUAAAAUCGACAUCAUUACUGACCGAAACGCAUUCUAACGAUUUGAGAUUUUUCGGAUUAUAUUUUUUCGCUCCGGUCGCCUGUGUUCUUUUCGCCUGUUUUCACCUGGAGUUCGGUCGCCUUUGAAUUAAUGCGACUUAUCUUUUGUGUUAUACAAUUUCUAGACUGUUCGGUCGAACCACUCAGCCGAGGAAUAAAUUUAACUAUGAAAAACGUUAUCAGUGGCGCCGAACUCGGGGUACAGGUACACAUUUUUCGAUGAUAUAAAUGCGUGGAUCGUGGACGUUUAAAAAACGAAGACAAUAAUAUAUAAAUAUAUAAUAUGUGGCGUAAAAAACGGACAGUUAAGUAUUUGGCGCAGCCAUACGGGCCGAUAAAUGAAUAAACACGAAAUUUGAACUAAGCCGGGUGUUAGUUUAUAAGUUGGUCAUUAUAGACACUGUGCGGAGCGAGGAAUGUGUCGAUUUUAAUAUGAUGUUUAUUUGUAUUUGUUUAUUUUUCUGUGGACAACUUUUCUACCAAAAAUUUUGCUCAGUUUUUCAAUUAUAACCAUCGGCGUACGCACAGGGCGUGCCGAGUGUGUCCUGGACACUAUGCGGAAAUCGUGUAAAACCAUUUUUUUUGCUUUUAUGUUGACAUACGACAACAGUAGGUACAAGUUUUAUAUUUUGUAAAAUUGACAUUAUUUUUUCCCCUUGAUUUAAAAUUUCGUUCAUACAUUUCGACUUCAACGCCAAUUUAGUUUUUGUCAUCUACGACUGUGUUAAUAGAUAUACUGGCUAGAUUGUAAUUAUCCAAGUUAUUUAUUUAUAGACUAUGAUUAACGAUUGAAGAUUACAAAGAAACUUUUACUUUUUUGCAGUGUACGAUUUUUAAUUAGGUAAUUGAUAUUAACGUGAAAAUUGAUUUUUAAAAAAAGUGCAUAGAAUUAGUUGUUAUUUUGUACUAUCUAGUAUUGAAAGGCAAUACAAGUUUAUUGAGAGCGGGGAUCCCCACCUAAUUAAUUAAUUUUUCUAGGGCACUAUCCGAAAUAAAAAUUCUGCGCACGCCUACGAUAUAUAGCACUUUUUCUAAAAGGAAAUCUGAAUGGGGUAGUACUUUAGGGAGGCUAUAUUUUGAUUAUCCUAUGGGUUUUUCCCAAAAAUCGGAAAAAAAACUCGAUAAAACCGGGAAAAUAGGCACGGUGUUAAACAAACAUUAUUAAAGAAAAUGUAUAAUAUGCUUAUGUAAUUAUUUCACCAUAAUGUGACGUGUACAUAAUGUUAAAAAAAAAAAAAAAAACAUCAUUAUUAAUCGAACUCCGUUCAGAAUCGUUUUUUUACGUUUCGCAAAUGUUUUAUCGUUGCGAUACUGCGCAACGUUACAUUUUCCUAUAUCCGUUUUGUUUUUGUUAUGACGCACGUAUAAUCACAACCCCGGGAGAACCAGUAGAAUCCCGAAAUUGUUACGUCCAACGUGUGUGUGUGUGUGUGUGUGUUUGUGUGUGUGUGUGUGUGUGUGUACAAGUACAUUAUUGUAUUUCCGCGAUUAUGUAACGAAAUAAAAUUAGAAAAUGUUAUUUGAAAACCGGUUUCCACUAUGCGUCCCAUCGAUAUUGAUGUUCAGUUUAUAUUCGUUUUAUUUUGUACGAUAUUUUUACACGCGUUACCGACUGGACGCCCGACGCAUGCAGCUCAGUUACAAAAACAAAACAUCCUCCAGGUGAAUUUACCUCGGUUACUGCAGUUCGCGCGUGUUCGUAUUGGUCUCCGGUAUUUCAUUCUAUACGUGUUAUCCACUUUACCCAUGCGUUAAACGUAAUGCGGGUAGUAUAGGUAAACCAUAUUACGGAUACUGUGCCGCAAAGUGGAAGAAGAGCCUUUGCACUUCGAAGCACAUACGGGUUUCGGUCUUGUUUUGGAUUAGGAACGUAGCGAGGGAUCUAUUGAUUUCGAUUUGAUUAUGACGUGUGUGUGUGUGUGUGUGUGUGUUAUUUUUCUUGUUGAGACUUUUAUAGAAAACGUGUACCUUCCUUCCUUUAAUGUGGUAACAUUUAUUCAAAAUAUUUUGGUGACUUGCGCUGUUUGUAGGCAAUAAAUCAUACGUUUGCCCGUUUCUUAUGACAUUUUUAUUUGACAGGUACUGUGUAGAUACACUCGUUUGACCGAACAUUAAUGUGCUUUAAAAGUUAUACAGAAGGUUUUUUAUAAGUCGUGCUUAGUUGUCCAAAAAAGAAUACAAUGCUGUCGUAAUUUUUUUAUUAUUUUUUUUUUUUUUGCACUAUUUAUAAAAUUCUAUCAGGAGUGUUGCUCCGAUAUAUCAAGUGUAGCGCCUUUUCUGGAAAAUAAUUUUAUCUAGUUGAUGCUUAAAGCAGGUACUUAUUCAAUUUUUUACGUAGUUUUGAUAAUAAUUGUGAAAAACCGGAAAAUUUAUGAAAAUAAUGCUUUUAUUAUUUUCAAUUUUGUUUUUUUGUUGUAAUUCAAAUCAAUAUUUUCGUAGAUUAGUUGAAAUUUAAACAGAACAUUUAUAUCUGUCUUUCCUAGAUGUGGUGAAAAUUUCAAAAUAAGUCAUUUUUGAGUCAUUUAUAGAAAUUUCAACUUUUCGAGUUUUCUACGUAAUUUUUACUUUAACGAACUUCACUCAGAAGUGUUUUUCAUUGCUUCUAGAUAUAAAUCAAAUAACUUUAUGUAUCCUACCUUCCCAACUUCACAAAAUACAAAAAUUACACGCCCAUCAGAAGUGUCAGCUCUUUUUUAUGUGUUAAAUCGUUUAUACACAUAGAGAACACUAGGGCGGUAGGUAUGUUUCGUGAACAAUUUAAACAAAAUAAGACGGACAUACUUCGCAUGUGGGUACAGCCACUGUUGUAGGUGAGAAGUUCGGAAGGUAUAGGAUAUAGAGGGGAAUUUAAUGUAUAUCUGUACGCAACGAUCAAUCUUUGCUAACGAAAAACGAUUCUGAGCAGAGUUCGGUUGUUUGAAAGGUUGUAAUACUUACGAUUUGAAAAUAAUAUAAUUAGUAAAUUUUCCCGUUUUUUCCUGAAAAUCACUGGAAAAAUCAUCAAUAAGAAAAAGUGCUACGCUUAAAAAUCUGAGCGAAAUUUCUGGUAGAAAAGUUGUUCACAGAAAAAAAAAAAUGAAUAAACAUAAUAGUAAAACCAAUAGGUACAUUUCUCGCUCCACUCAGAAUUUAAAAAUACAUAAUUCUUUUUAACAUCAUUAGCUUAAUAUUCUAUAGCAAUUGUGCGUAUCGUUUUUUUUUCUACUGUAUACUGAUACUAACAAAUUUCUUAGAACUCUUAAACAAGUAAAUGUUUUAAUAUUAAAUGAUUUUUUUAAUUAAAACCCAUUAAUAAUAUGAUCAAUCGUUUGCAGUCUAUAAUAUUAUCGUAUUCGUUAAAAAAAUAUUAAAAACCAAUACGAUCCUAAUCUAAAAUAUUAAUUUCAUUUUUUCUUUUUGUUUAGGUAACCAUGACGUUAUAUAAUUCCAUAAAAAAUAAUUAUUAGUAUUCCGGGAAUAAAAGAUUAUACGUCCGCUCAAUCAAUAUGGUUUUUAAUUUCACGAUAACAAAUUAAAUACAAACACGUGAAUCGUGUGAUAAUAUUGACCCGGCACUUUUAAAUUUACUUAUAAUUCCAUGAAUCUGGAUAUUUUUGAGUCGAUAAAUUUUCGUAUUUUUUUGGCUACAAUACGAUUGAGAAUGUUCGACCUUUUUUAGCGUACGAUUUAGAACGAAAUUAUGUGCAACGUUGCCGAACUAUAUUCAAGUCAAAACCCAUAAAUAAAUUAUGAAAAACUUACGUAAAAUUUCUAAUAAAACGGUACUUGUGAAAGUUCCAAACAAUUAAAUUUUCACCACGUUCAGAAGAUAUAAGUCUUAGUUAUUUUCCAUUUUUUUUUUCACACAUAAUACGCAUAAUACAGGAAACCACGUGCUGAGUUGCGAUAAUGCGUAUAUUUUUAUUGUUCGUUUCAAACAAUUGGUUAUUGUAACAUUUAUGUAGCUAAUUAUUAUUGAUGGAUUCAGUAAUAUGUUAUUUCAAACAGCAGCAGAUAAUCAUUAAACUCGGUAACGAUACAAGAAAUAUAAAUAUUUUUGGUUAAAUGUUCAGAUUACCACAUAUUUAGCAACGCGCGUGGAAUUAUAACAAAACGAGCGUUCUUAAUCGUAAUAGUCAAAAGGGUCUAAAAAAACGUAUAUCCACGAUAAUGAUCAUUCUGAAUCGUAUUUCUGCCAUUAUUUGUUUGUUUUUAAUUACGUUUAAAUUGUCUAUUCUCACUACGCGAACCCACACAAAUUGGGCUCACACCGUCCGCCUAAGUUUUAGAUACAAUACUGCAGCGGCGCAGCCGCUCGUAUUAAUAUUUUAACACGUUGUUUAUACAAUUAUAAACAAUUAAAUUGUUAAUACUUUCGUCUUAUGGGCAGGUACAUUAGUUUUUAACUACUAUUUUAAGUUUAUUGUCUUACCGAUUUUCUUGUACAAUAUUCUGUUCUCGUUUUUACAGUCAGCGGAAACGCGCAGUGCGGAAAUCUUCUAGGAAUAAUGGGUCCAAGGUAAUAUCAACGUUCAAUAAUUCUACAUCGUAUAAUUUACUGUUAUUUUACAUUUGUAUUUCGUCAAGUACGUAUCUAAAUACCUACGCCCCGGGCGGUUUUAUUUGUUUCAGCGGUUCGGGGAAGACAACGUUGAUGGCCACCAUAAGCCACCGGACCAAAGGUAAAUGCAGACUGUUGCAGAUGGCGAGUGUUUGUCGGGAGCGACGCUGUUUUCAUAAUGAAAAAUCGGACGGAUUUUCCUGUUUUUUUUUUUUUUUUCUAAAUUUCCUUUUCCGGCGUUUUUAGGCAAUUUCGACGGGGAACUACUGUUGAACGGCAAACCGGUGUCGGAAAAAGUAAUGAUAAAAAUUUCCGGUUUCGUACCGCAACACGACAUCAGCUUCGAGCAGUUGACCACUUACGAACACUUGCACCUAAUGGUUUGUAUUGAUCACGGUUGUUGAUCACGGGUUGAGACAACCAUGGUUUUGAUUUAUACUAUAAAUCGAAUUAUUUAUAUUCGUAUCUCGUACGAGUGGCUGCAUCCGAAUCGGAUCCCGGAUCAAAAUGGUUUUGGUAGGCAGUAGACUAGUUGUGUCUCAAUAAAUUUUGGGUACUAUACUAGUUGGGUCCAAACGUUUACAAGCAAUACAAACACUUAUUUUCCUUCUCAUUUUUACAGACUUAUAACUGUCAGUGAUUUUUAGUUUAAAAUAAAACGCAAUAAAAAAUUGCUUGUUUUGCCAGAUGAAUUAAUAUUGUGGAAAACAUUUAGAAAGUGGUCUCCGGUCGUUCAAUGAAUACCUACAAAUUUAAUGUACUUAAUAUAAAAAAAAAAAAAAUUGCAAAACAUGUGUCGGUUUAAUUUCAUUUAAUACUAAUGUAGUAAAUGUACUUGUGUAAAAAUGUACAAGAAAGCGUUUUGACAAAAUCAAGUUUUAUUUUUCUAAAUUUAUUAUCUAUAUUAGUUUAUUACUAAUAACUAAUAAGUUAUUACGUUAAUAUGGCACUAUUAAUUCGGGACCCAACUAGUGUAAAACCUGUGAAAAUCCGAGACCCAAUCAGUAUAGUACUCGCAUUAACUCGGGACUCAACUAGAGAAGAUUUUUGAACGCGGGACCCAACUCCGAUGCACAGGUACGAGUAACUAAGUACUGCACAGCGUUUAUUUUAAGGGAUCGCGUAUAGGCGAUUUUAAUAAAUUUAAACCGAUCGAUUCAAAAAUACAUAUUAGUUUACUAUAAUAGUCAUAUUUUUACUCUCAACCGAAUUCAUGACCAGUACCGCCGUCUUUAUCACGAGUAUGAAAUUCAUUCAAAACACGUUCGCGCUAAACAAAAAAGAGUACCCUUUAAAGCAAUUUUAGAGGUAAAACACAUGUCUCAUAACUGAAGGCGUGAUAGAGGGCAAUACUAUCCGAAGGAAUCUCAUAUACAAUAUCGUUUUUCAAUUUGUUUGUAAAUAUCUGUAUGCCUACUUAUUUUUCAGCCAGAUAGUUUGAAAAAAAAAAAAAUCUCAUUAUAUAAUAAUAAUAUUAUGCGAUUGUCUUCGAAAUAUUGUAAUACAUUCUCCCGAUUCAGGCCCAUUUCAAGAUGGACCGCCGAAUGUCCAGCCAAACGAUGGAAGAGCAAAUCGAUCACUUAGAGUCCAUGCUGGGCAUGCGGACGGUGAUGGCCACGAGACUGGAGUUCCUGUCGGGCGGCGAACGUAAAAAAGUGGCAUUGGCCGUCCAACUGCUCAACGACCCGCCCAUACUGUUCUGCGAUGAAAUCACCACGGGCCUGGACAGUUACUCGGCCGCGCACAUCGUCAACACGCUCCGUUGCAUCGCCCGGACCGGCAAAAUAGUCAUAUGCACGAUCCACCAACCGGCGUCCGGCGUGUUCGACAAAUUCGACGAGGUGGUCUUGUUGUCCAACGGGCGACUGGCCUACCAGGGCCCCGUGCCGUCGCUCAACCGGCUAUUUCUCGAGUGUGUAUUCUACCGCCUACACGGUGGCAAUGUAUAGCAAAAGUAUGCGAAGGGUACAGGGAAAAAACUAGAAUAGUCACUUUUUUUACAAAAUGCCGAUAUCGGUAUCAAAUAAUUUGUAUUGACGUGCCGUAUCUUUUAUGCGAUCGAAACGGCGAAAAGACCAGAUUAGUAGAAAGUAAUGAAUGCCAGAAAUUCAGGCCUACAGAAAAAAAAAAAAACAGAUAGUCAAUUUAUAACUAUGGUAUGUGUUGGGUUAAUGUACGGCUAUAGCCUUUGUUAAUAGUAUAAUAUAACAUUAUUAUGUUGCGGUUGCUACAUUAAACUUAAUCCGAACUUUUUAUUUUGCAAAAAAAAAAAAAAUUGUUACGUUUUAAAAUUAAAAACACGUUUUUCUCAGUUUGAAAAAAAAAUGACUUAUCUGGUUUUUUCCCUGUACCCCUGUAUCCCUUGUAUCCCUUGUAUCCCUGUACCCCUUCAUGUUUGAAGUAUCGAAAAGGGUAUUUUUUUAAUGUAACCAUAUAAUACUUUGUCUAAAUCACUAUGUAUAGUUCAUGCGAAAAACGUAUAUAAUGGGUAGGAAUACAAAUAAAAAAGUUCCUUACGUGUUAGCCACUGUUGUAGGUGGAUAUUCGGACAGCUAGGAUACAAAAAGUAUUUUAGUUUGUAAACUGUAUGCAAACGGUAAAGCAUUACUGAUGAAUGUGAACGGGGUAGUAUUAGUCGUAAUUUUCGCUUGUUGUUUAGGACUUUAGGUAACAACAAAAAUAUAAAAAUACCUAGGUAUCAAACUGCUGAACAUUUCGAUAAAUCUUUAAAAUAAAGUACCACCGACAGAAAUUCCGUAUUUAUAGAAGCACUGUGUGCGUCUUUUAACGUGUAUGCCAUGAAAAAAUCUGAGCAUUUUUGUUAACCAUAAGUGUUUUAUGAAAAUCGUAAUGAAAAAAAAAUACUUCGAUGUACUCAGAAUUUACACCACUCAAAUUAUUUGUGCAAUACCGGAUUCAUCACUUCAUUACGUGUUUUUUUUGUAGAUAUAAUUAUGAAUUUCCGGACAUGUACAAUAAGGCGGACUUCGUAAUUUCCAUUCUCAAUUCAGAAAGCGAUGCCGUCAAAACGAACGUUGACAAAAUGUGCAAGAUAUCGUCGACGGACAAACAGAUCGACCUGAAUUACGGUCUAUUCAACGAACAAGUAUGUAAAAUAAUAAUGGUUCUUCGAUAUUAGUUUUAAUAUAUUAUGGUCCUGAGGGAUAUUUAAUCAAGCGUCUUCGCCAGAGUGGAUCAGGAAGAGAAAAAAAACGGAUAUUUUAUUGUACUCGUGUGUCCCGUUAAUAAUAUUUACCGUUAACCCACAAGCGUGAGUCCUUAACUAUGAAAAAACUUCGAUAAAUUAGACCUAACAUCUGUAAAUAAAAUAUUAGACUAUGCUCCGAAUCAGAAAAAUUUUAAAAUAUUGAACAGAAUAAAAAUUAUUUCUGGUGUCAGAUUUUCGUGUUAGACCCUUUACAUAGUAGGUCAAGUGGGAACUCUUUUGACUUUUGAUAAAUAAAUUAUUAUUAAAUAACCAGUACGUGUUAUGAAAAAUAAUUUGUUAAUGUACAUUUGCAUUUAAUGGCACUUUGGCAGUGGUGUAUUCAGAAAUGCCUAAUGGAAGAAGAUUUAGUGAAUAGUAAUCAUCACGAAUUAACCGUAGAAUCUUGUUUUAUACCCGUAAAUAACUAUUUAACCUGGAAAUGAAAAACUAAAACCCAGAUAAAAAAAAAAGCCAAUAUACAAUAAAUCGAGGUUUUCUUCUAUAGCUUAGCUGAAUAUAUGUGUACAUUUUUUACUCUAAAUUAAUAAAUAAAUACACGUAGUAUUUUUAAGCCCAUAGUUGAGGGACAUAUCCCUCAACCUCCCAUCCUUCUGCGAACAUCAUUGUACCAUAGGCUAUAAGUUAUUUUUCUAUACUAUUUAUAGUUAGUGUUGAAUCCAGACAAUUCUUCUGAGGGGGGGCAUCACUAAAAAUUAUAGUAAUGACCUUUCUUUUUGCAUAUCUACCCUCUUAGUCAAAUUUGUUUUACUAUUAAAUUACUUUAUCCAAAUUUAACAGGGGGCGAGCGAAAUUCCAGGGAGGGCUAUCGCCCUCUCUGUCAUAUACCUGGAUUCAACACUGUUUAUAGUGAUGCAUUCGAGAUUUUCCCCAUUUUACACCUAUUAUAUUAUUAUUUUAUGAUGGUGAAUUGCUUAUUGCACUUAACAGACUUAUUUAAACACAUUUUCAGAAACAACUGGAUUAUUCACGGCAUUUACAAAUGUGAGUAUCCACACACAUUUUUAACUAUUCAUAGUUUGUGAGUGGUCUGAAAUAGUGAAAAUUAUUUAUUUUAGAAAAAUAGUUCUCACUCUCCAGAAUUUAUUGUAAUAGGUGACCUUAUAUUUUUUAGACAAAAACCAUUAUGGAACACACAGUUAAGAUUGAUCCUAAAAAGGUCUUCGAUAUGCAUCUUAAGAAACUACAAACUUAAACUUUUAGAAUUGGGAACUAUACUGGUAAUUACUAUAAUAUUUAUUAAUUGUUUGACCAUUAAUAAUUAAAAUUGUUUUUAAAACAAAUUAAUUUUUUUUUAUUUUCAAAUUAUAUUAUAAGUUGUUCUGUAUAAUUAUAGGCAACAAAUUAAUCUUAUAAAAGCCUAUGUAGGAAUAUUCAAAGUGUUUAUUCCCUUGAAAACUGAUAUUUAAAAUUCGGAUUGUAUCGAGUUAUACUAAUUGUACCUAAAGUGGGGUUGUAAAUUCUGAGAGUAGAACAGAAAAAAAAAAAAUUUAUAUUGAAUGUUGUACUUAAAAAAAUUCUAUGUAUGUAAAUUCAUGUAUUCAUAAUUUGUCCAGUUACUUUUUAAUGCAUAUUCUUUUAGUUAUCAUUACUAUUAACAUUAUUUAUUUAGUAGGUACUUUAGAUAAGCGAUUUUUUGAAAUUGUCUGUGUAAUCCCUCAAAACUGUUGAAAAAAAUAUAAAUGAAAUUUAAUAAUAUAUUAAUGAAGAAUUUAAAUAAUUUUUAAAAUAAUUACUUUGAACUGAACAGAUACUUAAAGAUACUUAACAAUUCAUUAUAAUGUAAACCAAUAUUUAAUUUGAACACAUUUAUAGUUCCUUGGACUCAUAUUAUCAUUGCCAUAUCAGAACCUGAAGUUCGACGCAAUAGUCGUUCAAAAUUUACAAGGAUUUUGGUUCUGUUUGAUUACAAACUCGAUAUUCCAGUAUUGUUACGUCUCGAUUAUCACUUACCAAACCGAGUUUUCGGUUGUUCACCGAGAAGUCAGUAACGAUAUUUACGCACUAAGCGUAUACUAUAUUUCUCAGAUUAUUAUAACGGUUUGUUUGUUUAUACAUUAUAAAAAAAUAGAGAAAAAUCACGUUUAAAUGGAGCAAAUGAAAAAUAACGAUUUGUUUACAGUUUAUUUGGACAAUUUUAGAAUCGUUGAUCUAUAUAUUUUUGGUGUUUUGGAUAGUCGGUAUUGAAUGGCAUUUGUUGCUGGUGACAACAUUCACGAUCAUUAUGUUGACAUGUAGAGCCUAUGGUAACGGAAAAAAAAAUUCAUUAUGAAAUCGUACGAAUGAUUCAUUUUUUUAAUUUUGUAUAUUAUAGGAAGCGUAUUAUCGGCUUUUUUCGAAAAAUUGGAAAAUGUCGUACUGUUUUCAUUGAUAUACGACUAUCUCGCCAUUGCACUCAGUGGUGCCUACUUGUCACUUGGGUGAGUACAUCAUAAUCUUUUUCUAUUACACUAUGAGUAUUAUACAAUAAUAUAUUAUAAUAUUAUUUAUUAUUUAUUAUUAUUAUUAUUAUUAUUAUCUAUUAUUUAAACUUUCUUGUUUUAGAUCGUUGCCACCUGUAUUGUAUUAUUUGAAAUAUUUUUCGUUAUUCUAUUUGGGCUGUGAAACGGUGUCUAUUUUACAAUGGCAACAUAUCACAUACAUACGUACGUAUACUGGUGUACUUAGUCACUAAGGUAUACUUAAUAAUUUUGUAGAACUAAUAAUCAUUAUUCAGGGAUGAGAUGUUAUGGAAAUUACACAUUUUUGUCUCUGUAUCUUUUAUAUUCAUAGUUGUGUAGGUGAGCUAAAAAUCUUAUGUCAGAUGACCUAAAGAAUUUGUGUUGUAGCUUUUUAUUGCAUGUUCUGAAAAUAUUCUAUAUUCAUUUUGUGCAUUUAAAUGCAUUUGGUAUAUUUAGUAUUAUUUAAUCUAUAUUCUACUUACCUUCACAACUUUCCAACAACUGCCCUUUUUUCAUAUUUCGUUUUUGUUUUUUGUAAAUACAGGCUGUCCUAUGAAGAUUGAAUAUCUCCGGAGAUAAUAAAGAUUAUAAAAUUCUGUUUUUUAUAUUGCUCAUAAGGAUGAGGACUACAAAUAUUUAUAUUCUACUAAUAAUUCUACUAAUCUGUGUGAAAACUGAUGGUAUCGUGUAACGCGGUUAGGUUAUUUCCUAGAUAACAUCGGUUUUCACACAGAUUAGUAGAAUUUAAAACGGCUGUUACUUAGAAACUAUCCAUCGGAUAUAAAUGUGUGAUAUAUUAAAAUUUUCAGAAAAAUAGAUUUUACAGAAUGUUUAUCUUAAAAUUUUCAAAAAUAAUAUAAUAAAGUUAUGUUUUGAAUUUUGUUAAUAAAAAAAAAAUAUGUAAUUCAAAUAUAAAUAUUUGUAGUCCUAGUGCCUGUGAGUUAUGUAAAAAAAAAGAACAGAAUUUGAUUAUCUUUAUUAUCUCCGGAGAUAUUCAAGAGGUAUAUCUUCGUGGGACAGUCUGUAUAUUUAUAUGCUGUAUUUCUAUGCAAAUAAUGAUGACCUUAUAAGUUAUAAUCAUUGCAAAAGUUAUUGAUCAUGAAUUGUAAAAUUCACCAUUUUUUUUCCGUUUGUUUACAGCAUGCUUAGACGUCAAUAACGACUGUCUGCGCGAUGGCAAGGAAGUAUUGAUGAAUUACGGUUACAAUAGUGACCGGUUCUACUUAGAUCUCAUAAUUUUAGUAUUGUUUUAUUUCACAUUGUACGCGUUUGGAUAUUAUGGAUUGCUGAGAAGAAUAAAAAAACAACCGGCGUAUUGAAAUAAAAAAAAUUUGAGGCAUUUUGUUUUACUAUUGAUAUUACAUGUGAUA